ACACUCGGAGGUGCGGGAUCUCCUCCUCCGCGGAAACCUGCGGGAUUUCCUCAGGGAGCAGGACGCGAAGAAGAAGAAAUGCGAGCUGGUGGAGCCUCAAUUGGUGGUGGGCUCCCAUUGGAGGCGGCAGUGGUGGUUCCGCACCUCGGUGGCAGAUGCCGGUGGUAAGGAGAGCAGUCUGGGAGAGGCUGACCUGCAGCCAAGCUCCGACCCUUCGGGAAUGGACAGCAGCUACCUCAGCGUGAAGGAUGCCGGGGUGAAAGUGCCCCAGGACAGGGCCAGCACGGACCUCCCCAGCCCCAUGGACAAGGCCGACUCAGAGAGCAACAAGGGCAAAAAACGGAGGAACCGCACCACCUUCACUAGUUACCAGCUGGAGGAGCUGGAGAAGGUCUUCCAGAAAACCCACUACCCGGACGUCUACGCCAGGGAGCAGCUGGCCAUGAGGACAGACCUCACCGAGGCUCGUGUGCAGGUGUGGUUUCAGAACCGGCGAGCGAAAUGGCGCAAACGGGAGCGGUUUGGUCAGAUGCAGCAGGUCCGGACCCACUUCUCCACCGCCUACGAGCUGCCCCUGCUUACCCGUGCCGAGAACUACGCCCAG